UCCAAUUUCCAUCUGUAUCAGCGACAAGAUUUACCAAACUACCCUCGAAGACCUCCAGGUCGCGGCCACCGCUGCACGCAGGCGCGAAGCCCGGCACAACCGGCCAUGGACCGCCGCGACGUGGCGAGCAAUCGGGGCCGGAGCUCCGCGCGCGGCGCGGGCCGUCGCCAAGGAUGGCGUGGACGGGGUGAAGACCGGGGCCGCCCCUCCUCCACACAACCUGCUUCCUCCGCGGCAUCAUCCUCCCCCGCCGCUGCCGCAGCCGCGACCGCUAGAGUUAGCGACGCCCCGCCGAUCGUGGGCACCUGUCCCGACAUGUGCCCAGAAGCGGAGAGAACGCAGAGGGAGCGGCUGCGAGACCUGGCGGUAUUCGAGCGGGUGGGCAGCGACCCCAGACGCACCUCUGCUUCCCUCGCCGUCAAGAAGUUUUGCAGAACUAUCUCUUCUACAAGUGUGCAGUCAUCAGAUAUACGCCCUCUUCCGGUUUUACGAGAAACGAUGGAUUAUCUUUUGCAUUUAUUGAAUUCUUCGGAGUACCCAUUUGAGAUAGUUCAUGAUUUCAUAUUUGAUAGAACAAGGUCUGUGAGACAAGACCUUAGUAUGCAAAACUUGGUGAAUGAACAAGCUGUUCACAUAUAUGAGGAUGUGAUAAAGUUUCAUAUUCUGUCCCAUCAAAAACUUUCUAGGUCAUGCCAGGAUUCUGAUGCAUCUUCCAUGUGCUACCUAAAUACAGAGCAGCUGAUGAAAUGUCUUGUUUCUCUGUUUGAAAUGUAUCAUACAAUUAAUAAGAGCAAUUACCACAGCAAUAAAGAGGCUGAGUAUUAUUCCUUCUACGUGCUUCUACAUUUGGGCUGCAAGAUACCCAAAAUGGCAGACUCCCUCUCUUUGUGGUACAGUCAUUUAGCAACUUCAAUAGUACGAUCGAAAGAAAUGAUAUUUGCUAGAACUAUAUUGAGAUGCUACCACCUUGGAAACUUCAAGCUUUUCUUUUGCAUGAUAGCAGAUGAAGCAACCGACCUACAGUUGUGUUUGGUAGAACCUUUUCUCAAUGAGGUCCGGGCCAGAGCAUUAUUGUACUUCAAUCAUAGUGGCUACAAACUUCAACACCAUCCUUUGACACAUCUAUCAGAAAUCCUGAUGAUUGAGGAAAUGGAGCUGGAAGCUCUGUGUAGAAUAUGCGGGCUUGAAAUUCGUGAAAGUGGGGACACAAAAGUAUUUGCUCCGAAACAAACAAGCUUCAUCCUACCAACAUCCAUAUCUCGAACUAGUGGCAUUCACAUCUCAAGGGGAGAUUGAAAGAACAUUGUGACGUGUGCUUAUUAGGCUGCACAGUGGACAACUGGACAAUGCAUGGAGCACUUGUUCUUCUGUACUUCUGUUGCAUGUAAAAGUUUCUUUGUAUCCAACACGAAAAACAACUGAUCGAAGAAGAAAAGUAGAGGCGCUGAAUGAUACGAGUUUAUUCCAUUGCA